AUGGAUGAAGUAACCAUUUCAUGUUUAGGAUUGCUCCUUCAAGAGUUUUUUAACCCAGCAGAAGUUAUUGACAGUAUUGAUUUUUGUCUGACGAAUGAGGAUUAUGAUUUGUUAUUAAUUAAUCUAAUUAGAGAAACUCAUUUUCGUUCAAUUUGGAGUGAAGAUUGGAUCAACAAAUUUACUGCUAGAGAUUUUCACAAAUUAUUUAGAAUGACACAAGAUACAUAUGGAAAUCUAUUAACAGCAUUAAGUGUCAAUUCUGAAUUAAUAAAACCAUACACAAGAAGAAAUAAGCCUGUCUCAUUUCAUAAAAAAGUUCUUAUAAGUCUCUGGUAUUAUGGUAGAGAAAUGUCUAUGCAUGCAAUUGGUAACCAGUUCUAUACUGCAACUUCAACUGUUAUAAUAUUGGUUCAAGAAGUCACUGAUUGUCUUUGUAAUAGUAUGGCUAAAAAAUUUAUCACUUGGCCCAACAUUAAAGAAUGUACAAUAAUUGAAGAAGGAUUUAGAGUGAGAGCUAAUUUUCAUAAUGUCAUUGGUGCAAUUGAUGGUUGUCAUAUUUCUGUAAAAGUUCCAUCUUCAGAACAAGACAGCUACACAAACAGAAAGAUGACCAAAAGUAUUAUUGUUCAAGCAAUUUGUACAUCCAACAAGAUAUUUACAAAUAUUUGUGUUGGGUAUCCAGGUCGUGUUCAUGAUGCUCGGGUGUUUAAAAAUUCUGAAAUAUUCAGUAUUAUGCAAAAUGAAGGGCCAAGCUCUUUAUUCUAUGACAAAUAUUAUUUAUUGGGUGACUCAGCUUAUCCAAACUUAUCAUGGCUUAUAACUCCAUAUAAAAAUUAUGGAAAUCUAUCAGCAAGAAAAAGGAAAUGGAACUAUUUUCAUUCUCAAACAAGGGUCGACAUUGAAUUAAGUUUUGGAUUACUUAAAGGAAGAUGGCGUAGAUUAUUAUACCUGAAUGUCACAAAUAUUUCAAGAGCCCCUAACAUAAUCCUUGCAUGUUGUGUAUUACAUAACUUUUGUUUGGUGAAUGAUGAUGAAUUAGAUGAGAUUGUUAAUGAUGUCCAGCUAGAUAACACUUCUCAAACUGAUAUACAAAAUGCAAUAUAUGGAACUGAAUCUGGCAAUGCAAAAAGAGAUGAACUAUUAAACAUUCUAGUUCCCUAG